AAAUUUGCUUUUGCUUUAAGGUUUAAAAGCGCUUUUCAAAAGCGGUGAAAUGACAAAUUUGGGCUUGAGUUGCUACCGGCUUUCCGUUCCGAGUAACCCGUCAUUGGAUGAGGACUGGGUAUUUACAGCAAUUUUAACUGUCAGCAUUUUCCAACGUCUUCGACCAAAGUGGCUUUUGUAAUAAGAGCAUCGACUCUUCCCACGUCAGCUGCAAAAUUAUUAUUUCCUUUCAAUUAUUCUUUUAAAAUAUAUGUAUAUAUAUAUAUACACUCCGGCUUUGCUUGGAAUCUGCAGAACAAGCGCCAAAUGGUGAGCACUGUUUUAAAUAAUCAUUAAUUUAUAAAAACAAUUAACUAUUGCAGUAUUACAUUCUCGUUCUCAUGUGUUUAUACCAUUUCCUGUUGAGUUAUUGGUUUUUGGUCAAACUUCGCAAACCCAGAUCUGUUUAAAGAUGCUUGGAAAGAGUGAGGCGUGAGGAUAGAGCAGAUUUUUCAUGUGAAAAUCAAGGUUUUUUUAUUUGGUUCUCGCCUGUAGUUAGAAGGGGUACUUGAGAUAAUGUUUUCUGUUCAGAAGUGGAAAUGCUCAUGGUCUAUGGUGGCUACAGUUGCUUCUAUUAUAGUGCUAGUUUCAGUAGUUCAUCUAUUCCUGUUUCCUGUCGUCCCAUCUCUUGAUUACUUCAGUGCUCGGCAAGUCCAGUACAAAUGUGUUCCAAUUAAUUCAUCACUUGAACAGAGUACAGAUCCUGUUUGGGAAAAUAAACCACAAGGUCUUAAUUUAGAUCACAGGUUUCCUACCGACUUGCAUAAUGGAGUUGUUUAUCGUAAUGCACCCUGGAAGGCAGAGAUAGGCCGCUGGCUUUCUGGUUGUGAUGCUACUGCUACAGAAGUCAACAUUGUUGAGACACUAGGUGGUAGGCGCUGCAAAUCUGACUGCGGUGGUCAAGGUGUUUGCAAUCAUGAGUUGGGCCAAUGUAGAUGCUUUCAUGGAUUUAGUGGAGAAGCAUGCUCCGAGAGGCUAAAUUUGAGUUGCAAUUACCCUGGAACACCGGAGCUACCAUAUGGGAGAUGGGUUGUCUCGAUAUGUUCUGCUCAUUGUGACACUACUCGAGCUAUGUGCUUUUGUGGAGAAGGCACAAAAUAUCCAAAUCGUCCUGUGGCUGAGGCAUGUGGGUUUCAAAUGAACUUACCUUCUGAACCUGAAGGUGCCAAACUGACUGAUUGGGCAAAAGCCGACCUGGAUAAUAUUUUUACAACAAAUGGGAGCAAACCAGGAUGGUGUAACGUAGACCCAGCUGCUGCAUAUGAUUCAAAAGUGCUGUUUAAAGAGGAAUGUGAUUGCAAAUAUGAUGGACUGUGGGGGCGUUUCUGUGAAGUGCCUGUUGAAAGUGUUUGUAUCAAUCAAUGUUCUGGAAAUGGCCAUUGCCGUGGUGGGUUUUGUCAGUGCUAUAAUGGAUGGUACGGGACAGACUGCAGUAUUCCUUCAGUUGUAUCUCCAAUUGGAGAGUGGCCUAAGUGGCUCAAACCUGCUCAUCUUGAUAUUCCUAGUAAUGAAGUCACAGGCAGACUUGUCAAUCUCAAUGCUGCAGUUGAAAAGAAAAGGCCCCUUAUAUAUGUAUAUGAUUUACCUCCUGAGUUCAAUAGCUUGCUUCUUGAGGGACGGCAUUUUAAGUUCGAGUGCGUGAACAGAAUCUAUGAUGAAAGGAAUGCAACAUUGUGGACAGAGCAGUUGUAUGGCUCCCAGAUGGCAAUGUAUGAGAGUAUUCUAGCGAGUCCACAUCGAACAUUAAAUGGUGAAGAAGCAGAUUUUUUCUUUGUUCCUGUUCUGGAUGCUUGCAUCAUAACACGUGCUGAUGAUGCACCCCAUUUGAGCUUGGAGAACCAUACUGGUUUGAGGAGCUCUCUCACUCUGGAAUUUUAUAAGAAGGCAUAUGAGCAUAUUAUUGAGAAAUAUCCGUACUGGAACCACUCAGCAGGAAAAGACCAUAUUUGGGUAUGAUAUGAAAUGUUUCAU